UCUCCUGUUGUUCUCUUAAGUUGCCGACCUCAAGGACUGUGAGGCGGCGGGCAGCAAGUGCCACCCUCAGGCCGAGUGUCUGAAGGUCAGAAACUCCUUCACCUGCUCGUGCCUCAUGGGCUGGCAGGGCGGCGGCCUGGUGUGCACUGACAUCGACGAAUGUCUCACGGGCCUGCACGGCUGUCACUCGCAGGCCCGCUGCAACAACAACCUGGGCAGCUACAGCUGCGACUGCCUCAGCGGAUACGUCGGAGAUGGCACCAACUGCGAGGACAUCGACGAGUGCCAGAAAGAGAACGGGGGUUGCCAUGCCAAAGCGCUCUGUAUUAACUACCAGGGUGGGCGACAGUGCCAGUGUAAAGUCGGCUACAAAGGCAACGGCUUCCAGUGUGUUGAUAUUAACGAAUGUGCCAACCAGAAGAUCUGCCACUGGAACGCCACCUGCACCAACAACGAUGGGUCCUAUGUGUGUACUUGUAACGCCGGCUACAAGGGCAACGGAAACUACCUGUGUCUGGACAUAGAUGAAUGCUCAGAGACUCCUCGAGUGUGCUCUUCUUCACUCGGCUACAGAGGCUGUAAAAACCUACCCGGCUCCUACCGCUGCCUGUGCAGCAGCGGCUUUGAAAGUAACGGACAGAGCUGCGUGGACAUCGAUGAAUGUAAAACUAACACCUGCAGUCUGUACGCAGACUGCCUUAACAUCAUGGGGUCGUACCGGUGCACCUGCAACAGCGGUUUUGGCGGAAAUGGACUGACGUGUGCAGACGUGAAUGAAUGCAAUGGAGACAACCAAUGCGACCCGAGCGCUGCUUGCAUCAACAGGCUCGGGAGCUACGAGUGCUCCUGUUUGGGAGGUUUUAUAGGAGACGGUCGACUGUGUGAAGACAUUAAUGAGUGUGCAACACCCAACACCUGCCCUUCUACGACCACCUGCGUCAACACCGGGGGGUCAUAUUACUGCGACUGCGGCAGCGGCUUCGUCUUCAAUAACUCCAAGUGCCACGACCAGGAUGAGUGCGUGGAAGGGCGCUGCAGCCCGUACGCCAUCUGCACAAACUCACCUGGCUCCUUCUCUUGUGAGUGCUCAGCAGGGUACAGGGGAGACGGCUUCACGUGUGUGGAUGAGGAUGAGUGCUUGCUGGCUCAGCAGUGUGACUCCAACGCCAUUUGCUUUAACCUCCCUGGCUCCUACAACUGCACCUGUCAGGCGGGUUACUCUGGAGACGGGGUGAACCUUUGCGGUGAUGUGAACGAGUGUCUAGUGGAUAACGGAGGUUGCAGAAACAAAGCGAUAUGCGUCAACAACCAGGGUUCCUUCUCUUGCCUGUGCCAGGCAGGCUUCAUCUUGGUGAACCGGACUCUUUGUCAGGAUAUAAAUGAGUGUCAGGAACAGAACAAUCCAUGCCGGGUGAACGAAGAGUGCAAGAACAUCGACGGGUCGUACGAGUGCCCCUGCCGGGUCGGUUACUACCGCCCUGCCAGCAACAUGGCCUGCGUUGAUAUGGACGAGUGCAAAGACAACCCGUGCCACGUCAACGCCACAUGCCUCAACACCAUCGGGUCCCACACCUGCACCUGUAAGAGAGGUUUUUCAGCAAAUGGCACCCAGUGCGAAGAUAUAGAUGAGUGUUCUGUGGAAGGUACGUGCCACCCACGGGCGCUAUGCACCAACGUCAUCGGGGACUUCUUUUGCGCCUGUCAGCAGGGGUUCAAAGGUGACGGCUUCUCCUGUCAGGAUGUGGACGAAUGCGCCCUCUCUGAUUGCCCAGCCUUCUCAAAGUGCAUCAACUCCCCCGGCGCUCACGUCUGCUCAUGUCUGAAUGGGACAGUGGCCCUCAAUGGCACCUGUGUGUCACCCAGUCUGCUGUGUGAACCCGUCUGCCACAGUCAAGGCCUGUGCCACCGAUCGCCGGCUGGAUACCAGUGUGUGUGUGACCUGGGUUACGAGGGCGACGGCCUGGCGUGCUCUGACAUAGAUGAGUGCCAGAGGGAAAACAUUUGUCCUCAGAAUGAAACGGAGUGUCAGAACAUCCCAGGAUCGUUUUCCUGUGUCUGCAAAAAAGGUUACGCUCUCAAUGGAACACAAUGUCUCGAUGUGGACGAGUGUGAAACGGGACAGCACGAGUGCAGUGAGUUUGCUCAGUGUGUCAACACAAUCGGCAACCAUCUCUGCUUCUGUCUCAGCGGCUUCACCGGUGACGGGAAGAACUGCUCUGACUUUGAUGAGUGCCAAGUCCAAAACGGAGGAUGCCAUCCAGUUGCCAGCUGCGCUAACACGCCUGGAUCUUUCUACUGUGCCUGCCCGCCCGGCAUGGAGGGCGAUGGCUUUGACUGCCAGGACGUGAAUGAGUGCGAGCAGAACUCCACCCUGCCGCACAACUGCAGCGCCCAGGCUUUGUGCCGCAACACAAACGGCUCCUAUGUCUGCCAGUGCCAGGGUGGAUACCAGGGCGACGGCUUUGUCUGCGAGGAUACGGAUGAAUGUCAGCUGGCCACGACCUGCAGCAGGAACAUGACGUGCAGCAACACCCCUGGUUCCUACACGUGCUCGUGUAUCUUGGACCAGGUGUAUGACGAGGGUACGUGCGUGAGUGAGGUCGCCUGCAUGAAUGCUAGCAGCGUGUGCCACCCGCUAGCCGAGUGCCACCCACACCGGGGUUCCUUCUACUGCCGGUGCGAAGAUGGUUAUGAAGGAAGCGGCACCGAAUGCUGGGAUGUGGAUGAAUGCGAGGAAUCGCAAGUCUGCCCGUCUUUCUCCUACUGCUUCAACACUAAUGGCUCCUACAUAUGUGACUGCUGGGACGGGUUUCAGGACAACGGGACGCAUUGUCAAGACAUAAACGAAUGUGUGACAGGGAACUUCACCUGCCCUGACAACAGCACCUGUGCCAACAUAGAGGGCAGCUACGAAUGCACCUGUGACCGAGGCUUCUCCGGCAACGGCUCCCUGUGUUUGGACGUAGAUGAGUGCUCCCUUGGCUUCAUCCAGUGUCCUCAAUUCUCCAACUGCCUGAACACAGUUGGAUCUUUUGUCUGUGAGUGCUGGGAAGGUUACCAAGGCAACAACACCGACUGCGAAGAUAUCGAUGAGUGCCGAGACAACUCCUCCUGCCCUGAGUAUAGCACGUGCAUCAACACCAACGGGAGCCACCUGUGUCUUUGCGACGCCGGGUUUUCCAGCGCGAAUGACUCGUGCGUGGACGUCGAUGAAUGCGGCGACGUGGAGCUGAGGGAGCUUUGCACCAACGGCACGUGUAUGAACGCCGUCGGUUCGUAUUACUGUGAAUGCAACACCGGAUUCUGGAGUAAUGGGACAGAGUGCGUGGAUGUGGAUGAGUGCUCCCUCAACGCUUCAGUGUGUCAGCAUCAUUCAACUUGCGUCAACAACCCGGGGUCUUACCGCUGCCCCUGUAACGAGGGGUUUAUUGUGAACGGUACGAAGUGUCAGGAUGUGGACGAAUGUAACGACCCAAAUGGCGCACCUUGUCCUGAGCACGCAUUAUGCAACAACACAGCAGGGUCCUUCUCCUGCCAGUGUUCUCCUGGGUAUAAACCAAUUAGCGCUGGCUGCGAGGAUAUCGAUGAAUGCAAGGACAACACCACCUGCCGCUUUGACCAGGUGUGCACCAACCUACCUGGAGCGUACAACUGCUCUUGUCCGUCGGGGUACCACGAAGAGAAACAGGCAUGUGUCGACACCGAUGAGUGUGUGGAUUCGCCGUGCUACACCUCGGCACGGUGCUGGAACACCCUCGGCUCCUUUUCGUGCCACUGCCCUCUAGGCUUCGCUGGAAACGGCUCCUGGUGCAAGGACGUGGACGAGUGCGUCGCCCUGACCGAACCGUGCCACCCUCUCGCUCGCUGCCACAACACCCCGGGGUCAUUUGUAUGCGUGUGCACGCCCGGCUUUGUGAGCAUCGGGUCACUGUGUGUAGACUUUGACGAGUGCCAACAGGCUAACGGGCUGUGUCACUCUGCUGCCACCUGCUCCAACCACGCAGGAGGCUUCACAUGCUCCUGCAGUCGAGGCUGGAAGGCAACUAAAGACAACGGUCAUGGAGAAGGAGGAUGUGUGGACUUGGAUGAGUGUUUGUCAAACACGGCAUGUCCUGGACAAACGUCCUGCACCAACCUGCCGGGGUCUUACAGCUGCUCCUGUCCUAAAAACAGCACAGUGUGCAGAAUGAUGAUUCAGAAGGAGAGCAGCCUGUACCCCUUCGGAGCAGAGGUUGGUGAUAAAGGAGUGAAGAUGGACACUGAAGAUGGAAAUUCCCCGUACAUCAAACCACCGAUGUAUUUCCCCGUUAUGGGAAAACCGUAUGACAGGAUUUAUUUUUCUGACAACGGCCUCCUCCAUUUUCAAUCUGCCGCUGAGAAUGAGCAGUACCUGGUCCCGGCUCCUUUAGCCAGCGGUUUCCCCGACAACAUGAACGAGGCUCUGGUGGCAGCGUUUUGGGAUGAUGCUGACCUCACCCAGGGGGACGGACGGCUGCUCUAUCAGGAGUACCAUGAGCUGGAUAUGAAAGACGUCUACUCCCAGAUAGUGUUUAACCGCACGGCAGACGAAGUGACAAAGUUUGAGAAGCGGAGAGGAAAGCCUGCCUUCACCCCGACCUGGAUCCUCAAGAUCACCUGGGACCACGUGAUGCCCGUCUCCUACCAGAAGAUCAACUUCUCAGAGACAAACACCUUCCAGUGUAGUGUGACCACGGAUGGGGAGCGCUCCUUCGCCCUCCUGCGGUACGGGGAGAUGCUCUGGGGUCCCGGCCAGAGGCAACACCACGACGCUCUCAUCGGCUACUCGGAUGGAGAAUCCUCCCACCAGGAGCCCACUGUUCCCCCAGAAAACCUUUUCGGGCCCGGAGGCAGAUACAGACCUCAGCAGGUGGAAGGGGUCAUGGGGAAGUUAGGUCAGCAGGUGUAUGAUUUGACAGGACCAGCGGGGUCGGACGUGGAUUCCCGUCUCAGGUGCCAGGCGUGGGCGAUGAAGGAGCCCGACCCUGCCAAGUGGACAAUGGAGCUGUCCUCGUGUCCCUGCACCCGCACCCAGGCUCAGGAGGACCUGUUGUUCCUGCAGGAUACGGAUGAUCCGGGUGCGAGGGUGAAGACGCUGAGGGGUCAGCGGUGGGGGGGCGCAAGGGGGCACGUCUUCCGGUCCGUCCUGUCCAACACACACGGUUCAGGGAGGAGGUGUGUGUAUGAACCGGAUGGCGCCCUGCUGGCUGGGUACAAUGAGCGCUACUUCUCCGGACACAGCAUCCAAAAAUACAUCGAUGAAGAUCUCCUGCCGUUCCAGUGGUGUUGUGUCGAGUCUCCUCUGUGUGACCUUUACCUCAACAAGAGACCACUGGACCGUUGCCAAGGUUACAGCUGGGCCAGCGUGUACGGCGGCACUCUGACCGAGAAGGCGACGCAGGGUUUGGCGAUGGUGUACGGCAGCCUCCAUUUCAUCACCUUCGAUGGGACGGAGUACUCCUUCAAGGCCCUGGGAGAGUUUGUGAUACUGCGUCUCUCCUCCAGCACCGGCUCUAAUAUCUUCACCCUGCAAGGACAGACUGACAAGCUGCACACAGACGCACAGGGGAUCAUUGAGGUCCCAGUGGUGGUUCGCAUGGCUGCCUUCCACCAGGGCAUUGGCAAGAUUGAAUGGAGAUGUGUGGAGAAAGGAGACGGACUGCAGGUUUUUGUGGACGACAUUGAGGUCCCAGUCACAGUUGGUGUCGUGCACAUGGGUGAGAAGGACUUUGCUGUGCGCUGUGUGUCAGUGAAUCGCUGUGCGGCGGUGUACGCCGGUGGUCUCCACGUGGUGGUGUGGCGGGUUGUGGGCCACAAUCAGAUGGCGGCCAUGGUGGAGGUUCCUCAGACCUUCUACAACCGCACUGUGGGUCUCAUGGGUCUCUGGAGCUCCAUUCGCUCCGACGAUUUCCUCAUGUCCGACGGCAGGCUCCUCAUCUCAACGGACCUCAACCCGCCCUCAGAGGAGAGACUGCACGAGUUUGGCAUGUCCUGGGCAGUUCCCCUCCCAGAGAGCCUGUUGCUCUCUCCACCUCCACUGGUUCCUCUGAAGUCCGCCUCCUCUGAGCAGCUGCUGGAAAACAUCAGUCCUGCUGAGGUGGAGGAGAAGAGGAGAAUCUGUAAAGGCAACAUGCAGUGCGUCCACGACGCCAUAGCAACCGGCAGCUCUGACCUGGGCCUGCUGACUCUGGACGCAAAGCAGCAAUAUCAAAAUCGGGCUUUGAUCUAUGGUAACAUGCCUCCCAUAGUAACAAAGCCCACAGUGAUCCAAGUUAAGGUCAACUCUACCGUCAACAUUCAGAUUGUGGCUCAGGACCUAAAUGGAGACGCCAUCACCUACUCACUGCUCCACCCCAGGCCUGCACGGACCACCAUAGGCAGCGGUGACGGCUUCCUGACAUGGAGGCCCCUGACCACACAGCCCAUCCAGCUGACCAUCAAAGUGAGUGACGAGCUCACCAGCUCCCUGUUCACCCCGAUUCUGCGCGUCUGCAACUGCCUCAACGGAGGCUCCUGCCAGUAUGACAGCAUCACUGAAAACCAUCAGAAGGGAACUUUCCAGGUGGUGGGGUGCCUUUGUCCAGAGGGAUUCAGUGGAAAGUUCUGUGGGAAGGCUGCAGACGUAUGCCGAGGCAAACCCUGUUUCCGAGGGGUGCAGUGCCUGUCAGAGUCCGAGCCCGGCGAGUUCACCUGUGGAGAGUGUCCUGAUAAUACAGUCUCUGGGGGGAAAGAAGGAUACAAGUGCUUUGAGCACGACAUGUGCGUCCCUCCGUUCCCCUUCCCCUGCCACAAAGACGCCGUCUGCCUCAGCACCAAACAAAACUUCACCUGCACCUGUAAGCCUGGCUUCACAGGAAACGGAGUCAAUUGCACAGAUAAAGAUGAGUGUGCAGAGCUCACUACGUGCCCCAAUGCUAAGUUUGAGUGUAAGAACACGCCCGGCUCUGUGGACUGCUACUGUAGAUACCAGAAGACCAAAGACACUGAUGGAUGUGGUGACUCUGCCAAUCCUCCAGGGCAUAAUGUGUUCAACGUCACGAUGGGAUGGACGGAGAACAAAUCUGAUGGACUCAUACAGCUGGUGGACAUCCUGUCGCUGGGUUUCAAGAACAAAUUCUACAACGCCAGCAAGAUGGAUCCAGUUCAGAGCUCCAGUCCAGGUGUGACCGAGUAUCGCAUCAACGUGUCCAGCGACACACCUCACUGGUACAUCAGAGACUACCUUGCCAGAGUCAGCAGCCACUACUCCAUCAGAACCGUAGAAGUUGAUGAUCUGGAUGAGUGUAAGGCCAAGGAGGCAGCGUGCGUCCAUCCUGCCCUCUGCACCAACACGUACGGAGGCUACAGCCUCCCCAACACGAUGCCAGGCUACAUCCAGGAGCAGUACAACCCUCCGCCCUUCAACUACUCCGACCCGGCCUUACAAUACGUAACCCACUGUAGCCCACGGAUCCUAGACCACUACAUACCCAGGCCACGCUACAGAUAG